AUGCCGUUUGAUACGCUCCAAAGAUCACAUAAGCGUAUACGAUCCAACACAUGUUUUAUUGACGACGAUGCCGACAUUUACUAUUAUUCCCCGCCGAGUGAUGGGGUUGGUUGCUUUUACGACAACAAUGCAUGGCCAUUUACCACCACUACACCGAUAUUACCAGUGACCCCUUACUUGGAUAAUCAUACUACGACGACUGAUUUGGGGUCAUUGUCGUCACCACCACCUACACCCUUCGAGACAUCGAGCAUGGAGGACAAUAACACCAUCAUUCAGCAGCAUCACGAGCCAUCGUCACCCUCCUCCACCAAUGAUGAUCCAUCCAUGUUUUCCAAAUUGAAUCUGUCAUACACUGAACUUGGGAUCAACAUGGAAGCACGAUUAUCAAGUGCCACCGAUCUACGUAUGUUGAUUGACACAUUCAGCAAACUUUGCACCAUUGGUGUGGGGCAGGAGCAUAAUCGAAUGUCAACAACAUCAUCCCCGACUCCAGCCGACAAGAAGGGUAUUAUUUUACCUCGGAAUACCAGCUCACGUACACGACCCGUGAAUCAUUUCAAGCCUGUAACAGGGCCAUUGGUGCUUGAAUUGCCUCAAAUGAUAAGCUUGAGGCAGGUGACAGAUGCAUGUGUGCACACGUACUUUGAAUGCUGGGUGCGAUACAUGCCAGUGCUGCACAAGAAUGAAUUUCUAGAAUGGUACCAAUCCCAUCCAUCACCCACCGAUACGCUUAUUGUCAAUGCAUUAUGUGCCUUUGUAUUUAGACAUAUGGUCAUUCACCACAACACUUUACAUCCCGAUUUACAAGAAGAUCAGGAAGCAUUCUUCCUCAGUAGAGCACGUGAUUGCCUUGCUCAAUCCUUUGAUUGCCCUGAUCGACAUACAGUAGUCGCAUUGCUAUUCAUUGGUCGCAGAGCAGAACCAUCACGACGACAUUAUUAUGCAUCCAUGGCAAUGGCAUGUUUACACGAACUCGAAAUUUAUCCACGCAUGAUUCAAACAACAACAACAUCAACACCAACAACAACACCAAAAGCAAUGGAUACCAUGGCAACAGUAACAACAACAGCAACCAAUGAUGAUUUGGAUGAGGAGGAGCAACAAGAUGAUGAAAAAGCAUAUGCAGAGGAAAUGGAUACACGGCUAUGGUGGUACGCAUGGGGUGUGGACUUUUCACUCUAUUCUAGCGGCACACCAAAGAGCACGCCACAACCUCGUUGUCCAGGUCAAAUUGAUCUUCCACGCGUAUUCGAACAAGAUAUCGACGAUGGUGAAUGGGGCGUCUUGAUGAACCAACAUUGCUUGCGCUUUUGGCGUAUUCAAGCCGGCAUUGUCCAGUCAUUGUACGCCAAUGACGAUCGUGAGUUGACGGUGGAUGAGCUCCAUGCAUACGACAAGGAGAUACUGGACGUGUACGAGGGAUUACCAGCCUAUUUGCGAUUAGAGAGUGGAUUCGAAUAUGGUGACGAGGAGCUCUUUGUAGCUUGCUUGCGCGUGAAUGUGGAAUUCAAUGCAACCCGGCUCAUCUUGCAUAAUCUUUUUAUGCCUGAGGACAAUGAUCCACACCCAAGCCCUUUUGCUCUCGAGUCGCUCAACAUUUGUCUCUCCAUGUGCCUACGUCAAUUGAGAACACUCAACACCUACUUCAAGAUCAAGACGGGUCAUUGUGGAUUUGACAGGGAUGAACUAUGGCGUGCAGCUGAAGUCAUUACUACGGCGAUGGAUAUUUAUCGUGCUACGGGAUCACCUGCUAUUGUGAAGAACAUUGAUAUUGCUGAAUUCAACGAUGCUCUCGAACGUGCACUUGUCAUCAUCAAAAAGACAAGGGAUUACCAGGUCAAGAGAAGGGAUUGGCUUUUAUUGGCAGAUUGGUUGCAAAGCGAGAUUCAACGGCAUGAACGACAACAACGUCGACGGCGUAGUAGUAGCAGUAGUACUACUACAAGCAGCAGCAGCAGCAGCACCACUAGCCAGCAUCGACGUCGACGAUCUUGUCAAAGAAGAAAAUCCAAUACCCCUGAUCAUUACUUGGCCAAUCUCAAAUAUCCCUUGUCCCCUCCUCCACCCACCACAGCACAAACUGCACAACAAUACCAACAACAACAACAAUCAGCAUCCACAACUACAUUUGUAUCAUACCCUUCUUCCUCUCCACAACAACAAUCACAACCACCACCAGCAUCCAACAACAACAACAACAACAAUGGCAAUCAAUCAUCACCCGUAAACACGAUUCCUGAAGAUCCAUUUAUUCAUUUUACGCCAGCUCCACCUCCAACACCAAAGUCAUCAUCACGAUCCACACCACCCAAUACAACCCCAUCAUCAGCUGUCUUUACUACAUCCACCAAAGGCCAAACCCGUUUUCGAUAUUUUAAUCCACGCAAGAUGAACAAGUUUCUCUUUAUCGAUGAAAAUCCUGCUCUUUCUCUAUAA